CAAUUUUUAGAAAUAUUAAUUAAUUUUGUCUAAAAUUAUAUAAUACAAUAAUUAUCAGAUUAUAUUUGAAAACAAAAUGUCAAUUGUAGUAAAUUUGUUAAUUUCAUUUGUUAUUUUAAUUAAUAAUAAAGUUGAUAAUCAAUAUUGCGAUUUUGAUUGUAGUGAUAUGUGGUUGCAAUACAAAGAUGAUGUGUUUAUGGCUGUUGUUUAUUAUAAGACCAGAUAUUCAUAUGCAGACCAAUUAUGUCGCACAAAGAGUGCCAAAUUGGUUGUCAUCGAUAGUCCAGAAAAACAAAAGUUUGUCGAAAAAGUGAUCCAAGAGUCGGGUGUUGAGGAUAACGCAUGGAUUGGUCUUAACCGGACUGACCAGUCGUAUCAAUGGUCAGAUGGUACAGACCUGUCAUUUACCAAUUGGUCACCGGGUGAACCAAAUAGCAGCAAUUCCACUGCUUGUGUGCAAAUCUAUGCCGAGUCAUAUCGCUGGGACGGAAAGGCCGUAACAUUUGGUAAAUGGGAUGACUUGCCGUGUGAUAGCAAAAGAGUUUUUAUUUGUGAAAAGAAAAGAAAAAUUCAUAGCAAACUAACUACCGGUUCGGCUAAUGCGCUGAUAGAAGAAACUCGUGAUAGUGGUAGUGAAACUCAGGGAGGAAAUGGAGGUGAAAGUGGAGGCGGACUUUUUGGAUUAGUGAGAGGCAUCAGUAGUGGCAUUACUGGGAUUAGUGGUGGCAUUAGGGGUGACAUAAAAUCCAUAAUUACAGAAAUACAAAAUGACAUUGCUAAACUAAAAAGUCUAAUACACAUCAUUCCCAUUGGCUUUAUAUACACGCAAUUGGGUAAUCAAUCAGCACCUGCCGACCUUUGGCCCAUAGCUCAAUGGGAAGACAUAACAGCUCAAUACUCUGGUUUGUUUUUCAGAGCCGAGGGCUCGGGUUCGGGUGUCUUCGGGGAAAUUCAAGAAGAGUUUGCACCGAGAAUUACUGAAGCAAAGGUGGGUCGAGUCGAACAUAACUAUAAUGUCAGUGAUUUUGCUAUUGGAAAGUGGAGUUCAUAUUUAUGUACCGGUGCUGAUGAUGAUGUCAAGGGCUGCUGGAGUAGUAGUUUUUAUACUACAGCCGGUGAAAUCAGACCCAGAAAUAUAGCAAUCAAGUUAUGGAAAAGAGUCAAAUAAAAUGUCUAAAAUUAAUUUUACUAAAGUUCUUAAUAAUUUUUAUAAAUAUAAUAGUAGAUUAUAACUAAUAUUUUAAUAAUUAUUAUAUACAUUAAAUAAACAAUUAAUCGUUUAA